AGCCAAGCCCACAGGAGGAGCAGUCUGCUGCUAACAGCUAACCGUACAAGUUAGCCGCGGAGCUAGCCAUGAGCUAACAGCUAGCGGACUCGUUUUAUUUAGCCACCUCAACUCAGCCUUCGUCGAACCUUUUACCAAAGUGAAUACAGUUUAAUUUACAGAAUUCCUCCCACCACCUUGAAGUUUCACUCCCCUGACACGUGCAUCAACGCAGAGUCAUGGCAGCUGCAAAGCCAAAAGGACAGAACUCUCUAGCCCUUCACAAAGUGAUUAUGGUGGGCAGUGGAGGGGUGGGGAAGUCUGCCCUCACGCUCCAGUUCAUGUAUGACGAGUUUGUUGAAGACUACGAGCCGACUAAAGCAGACAGCUACAGGAAGAAAGUGGUGCUUGAUGGGGAGGAGGUGCAGAUUGACAUCCUUGACACAGCUGGCCAAGAGGACUACGCAGCCAUCCGGGAUAACUACUUCCGCAGCGGCGAGGGUUUCCUCUGUGUCUUUUCCAUCACAGAAUUGGAGUCCUUUGCAGCAACAGUAGACUUCAGAGAGCAGAUCUUGCGAGUGAAGGAGGACGAGAACGUGCCCUUCCUCUUGGUUGGGAAUAAGUCCGACUUGGACGACCGGCGGCAGGUGAGCGCCGACGAAGCGAAAGCACGUGCAGAGCAGUGGGGGGUGUGCUACGUGGAGACUUCUGCCAAAACUCGAGCCAACGUUGACAAGGUGUUUUUUGACCUCAUGAGAGAAAUCAGGGCGAGAAAAAUGGAAGACAGCAAAGAGAAGAACGGCAAGAAGAAAAGUAAAAGUUUGGCUAAGAGAAUUAGAGAGAGGUGCUGUAUUUUAUAGUGGCAAAGUAGAGCAGGUUCACUGCUUUAUGUACAUAUACAUUUCUCAGACUUUCACAUUUAUUUUGUGCCUAAACCUGGACCUGACCAUGACUUUCUGUUCCUGGCUAGCAGAGCAAAUGUGUCAGGAAGUAGUAAAGGUGGCACUUCAUACACCAUUUAUAGCUCUAACUUUUUAUGUGCUGACACUCCAGAUAAUUUAUGAUCCAUGAACUCUUUCUUUUCUUACUCUAACCACAUCUUCGAGUUCAAUACAAGAAUGGUGUUUUAAGUUAGGCCUAAGCUUGCCAAGAAGCUAAUCCAUGAAAUCUAAAAAAGCUUUCAUUGUACAAUGUUGGUGUUUAAAGUAUAUUCAGACAGCUUUGAGGUGGAAAUUUGAGAGAAAGGAAUAUAAAAGGUUUAAAUGGAGAAAAUGCAACUGGUUAUUGUACUGAAAAACCACAAUGAAAUUUGCAAAAGCGUUAAACUCAGCAAUGCAGUGUGAAUUCAGAGUCAUCAGAGGCCACCAAGGAAAUUUAAACUACACUUGAGGAGGGUUUGAAUUAAAAACUUAUUUUUAAACUGAGCCCAAAUUUGAUGCCAUUCCUGCUAAUUUUACAGCUAAUGGUUUCCUUGUAUGAUAGUAUGUUUAAGCACUAUUUUUGUCUGUGUAGUCAGUUUUCCUUCUGUUUCAAAUCAAAAUGUUAUAAAAGCGCACUAAUGUCUUCAUCCCCCCCCCCCCAGUCACUUUGUCUAUUGAAAAUGCACAAAUCCGUUGAUCUUUAACCUGAGAAGGACUUUUGCAAAACUUGAACAUUUUUCCAAUUCUACCUUUUUUUAAUUUUAAUUUUUUUUAACCAUACUUGGCUAAUGACUUUCAAUGCCUUUUCUGAGGAAUCCCUGGUGCUCCGACUAAAAAAGGUGAUUCCAUAAACACUACGUAUUUACAUGCCGCUUGGACACUUAAUGAUGAAACAAUUUGCUUCCAGACAUGUAAAGAUUUUCCUUUUGCUAAUUUAAAUUUAACCUGGCUCAGACUUUUGGUUAACUUUUGUAUUUCCAUCUUUUUUUGUGUUAAAUCUCUCAUUUCUCUUGUAUCUGUCCAAAAACGUUGCUGUUAGUCACCAAAGAAAACUCCUCACUUGUAUAAAUAAGUGCCCACGUAUUGAUUCUGGUGAAUGAAAACUUUAUUGUGGGGAUGAAAACAUCAAGAACACCAAUGUUUGUGUAAACAAAGACUGACAAGGUUAAGUAAAUCUAUGUAAUUCUAGAUCAUAUAAAAAUAAAACACAAGGUUACGAGGGCUUUAGGAAUUCCAGUACAGAGCGUCACUGUUCAUUGUGAAGCGGAUAAUCCCCUCCUUACACAUCCUGUAAUCUUGGACUACCAGAGUGGUGUAGAGUAUACUUUUAUUAAUCUUUUUGCCACAUUUUGUGCCAGGUUGUGUUCAAAUGCGAUAACGUUUCAAGGAAAACGGAGUGCGUUCAACUUCUUUUCCUUUCACUCGUUGUUGAGGCAAAUUUAGUUUAAAACGGCAUAAAAAUAAAUAAAAAAAUACAACAAUAAUUGCUAUAAAAAGGCUCUACAAUGGUUAAAAUGUAACCUCGAGUGUACAAAAAUGCACAAAAGAUGUUGCCAUGUCAACAUUUAUUAAAUAAAAACUAUUACAAAAUUGAAAAGACUGGAAAAUUUGCUCGGGCAG